AUGCCAAUAGCAACAUCGUCAGAUAUCUCAACUAUCCAAAAUAAGUCAAUAAACACAACAACAAUGUCAAUAACUUCCACAACAAUGCCAACAACUUCGACAACAAUGUCCUCAAUAACCUCUGAAAAUAUGACAACAGUAAAUAUAAAAACAGCAACAUCGUCGAAUAAUCUCACAUUAAAUGCGACUACCACAGUUGUAUAUGAUCCACCGCCAUUUGUCAAUGCAUCUUACUUAUCUACAUUCACACAACCAAAUGAUACUUAUUAUCAAUUACCAUUUUGUGAUGCAUCAACAAAUGUAACAACUCCGAAACCUCCGACAUCCUCCCAUGUUGUUAAUGUAAAUUAUUCAAUAGUUGAGUUUUCUGAUAUAGAAAAAGCUCAUUUUAAUAACCAUUCGGCCGGUCAUUGGUGGCCAUCACAAUGUCAAACAGAACAACGAUUAGCUCUAAUUAUCUGUUAUCGACAACGAGAAGAACAUCUAAAAUUAUUUCUAAAUAAUAUUCAUCCGUUUUUACAAAAACAACAGUUAGAUUAUACAAUAUUUGUCGUAAAUCAACAUGGCAAAAAUUUAUUUAAUCGUGCUGCAUUAUUUAAUGUUGGAUAUAUCGAAGCAAUGAAAUUGUACAACUAUACGUGUUUUAUAUUUCAUGAUGUUGAUCUUUUGUCAGAAGACUACAGAAAUUUGUAUAAAUGUGGUGACAAACCUCGACAUAUGUCGGUUGCUGUCGAUAAAUUUAAUUAUAAACUGUUGUAUUCAACAUUAUUUGGCGGUGUAACAGCAUUUCAACAACAAGACUUUCUUGGAGCACAUGGCUAUUCUACAGUGUAUCAAGGCUGGGGUGGCGAGGACGAUGAUAUGUACAAUCGUGUUGUUAACAAAUUGAAAAAAGCUAUUAGUCGAUAUCCAAUUGAAAUUGCACGAUAUAAAAUGAUUCGUAAUGGUGGACAUGUAGCCAGUCGUGCUAAUCCAUAUCGUCAUAAAAUAUUGUAUUCAAAAUAUAAUUUCAGUUUAGAUGGUAUAAAUAAUACUGAGUACACGUUGCAUGAAAUAAAAUUUUAUAAUCUGUUCAUAUUAGUGAAUGUAACGUUAAAUGAAUUGACAUGGGAUCAAAUUAAACAAAAAUUACAAAUUAAGGGUUGA